GCCAAAACAACGGAUGUUGGGAUCUUUGGUUUGAUCUGAGCCAUCUCAACGGAUGUUGGGAUCCGCCACGUCACUUAUUUCUACUCCCGGUGAAUCGGAGACUCUCUACGGCACCGUUUAAGAUCAGAUCUUCACGAGUAUCAGGAUUCUUCGCCUUGUUCACACUUCAAUGGCGACAAUGAGCAAAGCUCAGAGGACCAAACCCUCUCCUGGAUCUCGCCGUCUUGUUCUCCUUCUCAUCCUCUUCGCAUUCCUCCUCCUUCUCUCCUCCGUGAUCUCUACCGGAAAAUUGGGUCUACCGUCGUAUCAACAGACCCUAAUCGAUUACUUCGUGGCAUCUCCUCGUGGCAAGAGACUCCACACGCUUUCGGACAAGUACUUGUACUGGGGAAACAGAAUCGAUUGUCCUGGGAAGAACUGCGAGACUUGUGCAGGCUUAGGUCACCAAGAAUCUAGCCUAAGGUGUGCACUUGAAGAAGCCUUGUUCCUCAACAGGACCUUUGUAAUGCCUUCUGGAAUGUGUAUCAAUCCAAUACAUAAUAAGAAAGGUAUUCUCGAUCGUUCUGAUGACAAAGCUACAGAGGAUGGUUGGGUAGGGAGCUCUUGUGCAAUGGACUCCCUGUACGACAUUGACCUCAUAUCUGAGAAGAUACCUGUGAUAUUGGACGACUCCAAGACAUGGCAUCUUGUUUUAUCCACAAGUAUGAAGUUGGGAGGAAGAGGGAUUGCGCAUGUUUAUGGAGUUAGUCGCCAUAGGUUAACAGAGAGUCACUACUCUAAUCUCUUGAUUAUUAACCGAACCGCAAGUCCUCUUGCUUGGUUUGUUGAGUGCAAAGAUAGAGGCAACCGUAGCAACGUCAUGCUUCCUUACUCCUUUCUCCCUAAUAUGGCAGCUGCAAGUUUGAGAAACGCUGCAGAAAAGAUAAAAGCACAACUUGGUGAUUAUGAUGCUAUCCACGUUCGCCGAGGGGACAAACUGAAGACCAGAAAAGACAGAUUCGGAGUUGAGAGGAUUCAGUUUCCUCAUCUAGACAGAGAUACACGACCAGAGUUUAUCCUUCACAGGAUAGAGAAGCGUAUCCCACCAGGGAGGACUCUUUUCAUUGGUUCUAAUGAGAGAACUCCCGGAUUCUUCUCUCCUCUCGCCGUCAGGUACAAACUGGCUUACUCAUCGAACUUUAGUGAGGUUCUGGAUCCUAUAAUCAAGAAUAACUACCAGUUAUUCAUGGUGGAGAGAUUGGUAAUGAUGGGAGCCAAAACAUUCUUUAAGACAUUUAAAGAGUAUGAAACGGAUCUCACCUUAACUGAUGAUCCCAAGAAGAACAAGAACUGGGAGAUACCGGUGUAUACCAUGGAGGAUAAAAGAAAAGAAUCAAUGAGCUAAAGUUUGUGCCUUCACAAGGUUAGGUCUUAUCACUUGCCACUAUCUUGGAGUCAAAUGCUGGAUUAGAGUUAUGUAUAAAAAGAAAAGAGUAUAGUUAUUCUGGUUCUGGGUGGUUCUUGUGUAAAUGUGUUAUACAAGAAGAACAGAUGAUAUAAGAUCUGUAAUGUUUUCAAAUUAGAAACCUUUUCAGUGUUUCUCUUAA